AUGCGUCUGGUCUCUCUCACGAGGUCAGUCCACCCAGUCACUACCUGCCCUAUGCCUCUGGUCUCUCUCACGAGGUCAGUCCACCCAGUCACUACCUGCCCUAUGCCUCUGGUCUCUCUCACGAGGUCAGUCCACCCAGUCACUACCUGCCCUAUGCGUCUGGUCUCUCUCACGAGGUCAGUCCACCCAGUCACUACCUGCCCUAUGCGUCUGGUCUCUCACACGAGGUCAGUCCACCCAGUCCCUACCUGCCCUAUGCUUCUGGUCUCUCUCGACGUGGUCAGUCCACCCAGUCCCUACCUGCCCUAUGCUUCUGGUCUCUCUCGACGUGGUCAGUCCACCCAGUCACUACCUGCCCUAUGCCUCUGGUCUCUCUCACGAGGUCAGUCCACCCAGUCACUACCUGCCCUAUGCCUCGGGUCUCUCUCACGAGGUCAGUCCACCCAGUCACUACCUGCCCUAUGCCUCGGGUCUCUCUCACAAGGUUAGUCCACCGAGUCACUACCUGCCCUAUGCCUCUGGUCUCUCUCACGAGGUCAGUCCACCCAGUCACUACCUGCCCUAUGCGUCUGGUCUCUCUCACGAGGUCAGUCCACCCAGUCCCUACCUGCCCUAUGCCUCUGGUCUCUCUCACGAGGUCAGUCCACCCAGUCACUACCUGCCCUAUGCCUCUGGUCUCUCUCACGAGGUUAGUCCACCGAGUCACUACCUGCCCUAUGCCUCUGGUCUCUCUCACGAGGUCAGUCCACCCAGUCACUACCUGCCCUAUGCGUCUGGUCUCUCUCACGAGGUCAGUCCACCCAGUCCCUACCUGCCCUAUGCUUCAGUCCACCCAGUCACUACCUGCCCUAUGCAUCUGGUCUCUCUCACGAGGUCAGUCCACCCAGUCACUACUUGCCCUAUGCCUCUGGUCUCUCUCACGAGGUCAGUCCACCCAGUCACUACCUGCCCUAUGCCUCUGGUCUCUCUCACGAGGUCAGUCCACCCAGUCACUACCUGCCCUAUGCCUCUGGUCUCUCUCACGAGGUCAGUCCACCCAGUCACUACCUGCCCUAUGCCUCGGGUCUCUCUCACGAGGUUAGUCCACCGAGUCACUACCUGCCCUAUGCCUCUGGUCUCUCUCACGAGGUCAGUCCGCCCAGUCACUACCUGCCCUAUGCGUCUGGUCUCUCUCACGAGGUCAGUCCACCCAGUCCCUACCUGCCCUAUGCUUCAGUCCACCCAGUCACUACCUGCCCUAUGCCUCUGGUCUCUCUCACGAGGUCAGUCCACCCAGUCACUACCUGCCCUAUGCCUCUGGUCUCUCUCACGAGGUCAGUCCACCCAGUCACUACCUGCCCUAUGCGUCUGGUCUCUCUCACAAGGUUAGUCCACCGAGUCACUACCUGCCCUAUGCCUCUGGUCUCUCUCACGAGGUCUGUCCACCCAGUCACUACCUGCCCUAUGCGUCUGGUCUCUCUCACGAGGUCAGUCCACCCAGUCCCUACCUGCCCUAUGCUUCAGUCCACCCAGUCACUACCUGCCCUAUGCCUCUGGUCUCUCUCACGAGGUCAGUCCACCCAGUCACUACCUGCCCUAUGCCUCUGGUCUCUCUCACGAGGUCAGUCCACCCAGUCACUACCUGCCCUAUGCGUCUGGUCUCUCUCACGAGGUCAGUCCACCCAGUCCCUACCUGCCCUAUGCCUCUGGUCUCUCUCACGAGGUCAGUCCACCCAGUCACUACCUGCCCUAUGCCUCUGGUCUCUCUCACGAGGUUAGUCCACCGAGUCACUACCUGCCCUAUGCCUCUGGUCUCUCUCACGAGGUCAGUCCACCCAGUCACUACCUGCCCUAUGCGUCUGGUCUCUCUCACGAGGUCAGUCCACCCAGUCCCUACCUGCCCUAUGCUUCAGUCCACCCAGUCACUACCUGCCCUAUGCAUCUGGUCUCUCUCACGAGGUCAGUCCACCCAGUCACUACCUGCCCUAUGCCUCUGGUCUCUCUCACGAGGUCAGUCCACCCAGUCACUACCUGCCCUAUGCGUCUGGUCUCUCUCACGAGGUCAGUCCACCCAGUCCCUACCUGCCCUAUGCCUCUGGUCUCUCUCACGAGGUCAGUCCACCCAGUCACUACCUGCCCUAUGCCUCGGGUCUCUCUCACGAGGUUAGUCCACCGAGUCACUACCUGCCCUAUGCCUCUGGUCUCUCUCACGAGGUCAGUCCGCCCAGUCACUACCUGCCCUAUGCGUCUGGUCUCUCUCACGAGGUCAGUCCACCCAGUCCCUACCUGCCCUAUGCUUCAGUCCACCCAGUCACUACCUGCCCUAUGCCUCUGGUCUCUCUCACUAGGUCAGUCCACCCAGUCACUACCUGCCCUAUGCCUCUGGUCUCUCUCACGAGGUCAGUCCACCCAGUCACUACCUGCCCUAUGCGUCUGGUCUCUCUCACGAGGUCAGUCCACCCAGUCCCUACCUGCCCUAUGCCUCUGGUCUCUCUCACGAGGUCAGUCCACCCAGUCACUACCUGCCCUAUGCCUCUGGUCUCUCUCACGAGGUCAGUCCACCCAGUCACUACCUGCCCUAUGCGUCUGGUUUCUCUCACAAGGUCAGUCCACCCAGUCCCUACCUGCCCUAUGCUUCUGGUCUCUCUCACGAGGUCAGUCCACCCAGUCACUACCUGCCCUAUGCCUCUGGUCUCUCU